AGUCGUCGUGUGUACGUUUGUUAUUUAGCUGAAACGAUUUAUUUAUUUAAAAGAUAUUAAUUGAAAUGGCCACAGUUUAUGAUAGGAAGCAAUCAUUAUUAAAUAAGAAACGAGGAACGCGAAUGAACCCUUCUCAAUUACCUUUUCCGAAUCCUUGAAGAACACGUGGUCGACUUAUCAUAUUUAUAUCAUUCCUUCAAGAAGCACUAAUCCAUUGACAGAAUUUGCAAUUUCUAAAAGAGACCCUUCUUCUCGUUCUACAAAGGGUGAAAGACUAAGAAGACUGGAUUUUCCUAUGGUGCCAUAAAGACGGGUCCCUGUUAAGAUAUAUAAGUGUAAAAGGGAAGAACAUAUAUUAGUCAUUUUGGCUUGGAUUUGGAGUGAGUGAGUGCAGCAGCAACCCAAACCGUCAUCUUCAACCCGGUAUGCAGCGUGCUUAUUACUUGUACAAGAACGCUGUGGGUUGAGCUGUUAUCUGAAGUUCCCCUCCAACUACUUCUACUCUACUACUACUCGUGGCCUGCAUGAGUCAAGCUUCAGUUUUAUGCUGAGUCUCCAACGGUUAACAAGUCUCCUCGAGGCACACUUGCCGUACUAUCUACCUGUGUAGGUUCGUUGUUGUUUAACAAAUUGUUAAAAAGUUAUAAAAAGACAUUAUCACAUUGACUUUGUGUUGCAUUAUAGUUGCCAGUUAAAUUUGUGGAAGUAGAAGUUACAAAAUUGGUCAAGAUAGACUUUAAGGGACGAAUUCUACAAGCGGCAAGAUUUAGGCGGGCAAACUCUCAACACGUGGAUACCCUUGGAUUUCAAGAUUCCACCUUAGAUUGGAAGAUAAUUUGCAUCGUCUCCAUAUAAUAAAUAAAUUGCAUCAUGGCAGUUGUGGCCCAAGUUGAAGCUAUCCCUGCUCCAACCGCGCCUUCCACCAGUCCCAAUGUUGCGAACAUUUUUAGAAGAAGACUCGGCCUGGCUCCCCUCACGGGAGGACCUCGUCGACCUGGGCCGGUAAGAUGCUUAUUUGGACCUCCGGACGUUUCAGCCUGCGCAACCAUGGCUCAAAAAGUAGAGGAGAAAAAUCAGUGGGCCUUCUCCAAGAAGUGGAAUUUCAACAUUACUGGAAAAGAUGCCCCUCCAACGUUAGAACCAAGCAGUGCCGAAGAGAGUGCGAAACCCCCCAAGUACGAAUGGAACGAAACGUAUGAUGAAGAGCACAUGUGGAAAUGUGAUAGAAUCCGAUUUGAGGCUCCAAUUGCCCCAAAUGCUCGUCCAUUUACGCUGCUUUCUGCUCCCAUAACUGAGCUCUCAGUAGGCAAAUAUGAUGAAGAACAAAAAAUUAAAGAGACAACUCUUGUACCUGAAAAUCUGGUCAUGUCCGACGCCCCGACACCAAUAACCAUCAAUCUGGAAUAUGUUUCCGUUCAGACUGAAACAGAACCACACUUGAGUAAAGGAAUGCAAGUUAACUUUUCAGAUACUUUCGUUCGAGAUCAUCGCAAACCCAAGUGCGAACUUAGUCUCCUCGACCUCUUUUCCAUUUCGGUUCCUGGUCACUGUCCUUCAUCCUCAUGUGCUAAAGAGCCCAUCUCUCACCCUGCUGCUUCUUCUGCAAGUCAGAAAUCGAGUUGCACUCAAGAGUCAUUGGUAUCACCUCCCCCACUUGUGAAGAAAGAGCGACCCCUUCCAAUUCCUUUAACGAUUCCUCCAAUAUCACCAAAUCCUCUCGCUGAGGAAUGUCACGAUUACUAUGAGGGGGACGAUCGAUAUGAUGUGGAUGAGGCCUUCUCCCCAUUGCCGGACAAUACGACGUUUUCUAGAAAUUUUCCCGUCAUGACAACUCCCUCUGACAUCAUGAGGACCCCUACCAAGCGUCGCAGCUCCGUUGGAGUCUUCAGCUUUGAGUCCCCCACCAGUAACAGGGAUAAUCUAAGAGGUCUCCGAAUCCGAAAUGGAUCUCCUGCGCGAGCUCAUUCUGCCUCCAAAGCAAUGAAGCAGUCCAGCUUGACAGAGUUCGCCUAUGUCAAGAAAGGAUUCUAAGAGACCGUCGCCAAUGGUCAAGAUGACGAUGCUCAAACUAUACAUCCGUUUCGCUAUCUCUACUUCUCCUUCAUUCCUCAUUAUUACUUUUGCACAUUGCAAGUUUUACUUGUAAUUUGUGAAGAUGGCUCAUAAAUCUCAAACUCUCCUUCUCCUUGCUGUAUUUUCUCACUGCGUAUCCUAUUGGAGGUAUCGAUCGUCAUCAUCAUCGGUGUUACAAAACAAUCCCACUCGUGGAUUAUUACACAAAAGGGUGAACAAAAUUCCGAGUUUGUCUGUAGAAGCAAACUGCAAAAUCUAGGCUAUGUACAGAUUAUAAUAUAUUAAAAAUAAAAAUCCUAUCAAACUUGUUAGCUUUAGGUUGUUGUAGAUAUUUGCUUAAACGGGAAGGCAAAGUUGCAAUUUUGAAAUUUGAUUGUAGUCCAAGUUCAAGAAGUGCUUAUAUUUUUCUGUACAACUUUGCAAUUUUUUGUUCACCUCAGCAUAGUCCAUAAAAGUCGAUUCAUACAGAAAAGCUUGUUACUGCAUAUACACUAGUAUUAUAAACAUAUUAUAAGCGUUUUAUUUUUAAUGCUCCCUUAUCCUUUUCUUGUGUAUCUUUAAAAUCAUUAUCAGUUCUUCCUAUGUAUGUUACGCAGAAAAUGAAGUAAAAUCCUUCAUUAUAUUUGUUGUGACAUUAUCGUUAUCGCUUAAAUUUCAAUCUUCAGAAAUAUUUAUUCUAGUCUGGCAAUCUCAAAAGUCACUUCGUCUGAGAAGCAAUAGUUACUAAGAAUAAAUUACUUAUCAGUAGUAAAUACCAAAUAUUAUAUUUAGAUACUAAUAUUUUACUAGUGAUGCAGCAAGCAACCCGUGUCUGUAACCUACAAAUGUUGUAACGUGGGGAAAGAGGGUAACGUGAUAUAAAUGAAGAAAGAUAUAAUAAUAUAUCGUACUGAACUUAAUAUCUUUAAUCCAUGAACUACGUGUACUGCCAUUGAGAAUUGUGGUGGUUGAUGUUGUCUUCUUCUCUUUUCUGUAAAAUUUAUUGUAUUAUGAAAUUGUAAUGAAUAUGAUUUAAAUAUUUGUUUGAUAUUCAGGUACGUGACGAGUUGAAAUCUAGAUUUUGUUUAAAGAUAAAUUUUCGGAAGAUUUUUUUUUGUUGUGUAACGCCCAGUUAGGAAAACUAGGAAUAAUUUACAAUAAUUAAGUACAAAGCGUUCACUGUGUAUAUAGAGUACUAAUUAGAGUAAUGCUACUCUAUUUUCAUAUAUGUGACAUGACACACAUUGCUAGAUUAUAAUUGACGUGCCUUAUUUAGAGGUUAUUUUUGACGUACCCCAUCUUUGGGUAAAUAUUAUUGUUAUAUAGCUGUAUGAAUUUUGAUAUAUAUUAUUAUACAAUUAAAAUGCAUUAGUGGUUAAGAGCUGUACCCAUGUGGUGUCCCAAUUUUGCCAGCUAUCACUAAGAAAAAUAAUCGCUGGUCAAUAUAGAAAUACAGUAAUAUAAUUGCAUAAAAAGAAAUAUUUUACACUUGUUGAGCCGUAUGCUAAACUUUGUCAGCAAGAUAUCAUACAUAAAUACAAUAUGUAAGGCAAAAUACUUGUACUUGGACUCAUCACCAAAUAAAUGGAUCGAAUAAUUAACUUACUAUA